AGCGGAACGCUCCCCGAGGCCUAUACUCCCCCUCGAGUCUCCACUCAAAAACAGCACUUUUAGAAGAUUCGGAAAAUGAAAGAGCUGCUCUGAAGAUCUGAGAAUCUCAAGGAGCCGAUCCACUCUUUCACUUCGCUGGAGAUUGCGUAAGGAGAAGCUUCCACUUCUUCACACAACUUCAAUUAUACAACUAGGGUUUUCAUCAAAUUGUUCGAGCGCGGAACCGGGGGGCAAAUCAUGAACAUUUUCAGGAAGAAAACCUCACCCAAAGAUGCUCUGCGAACAAGCAAGAGAGAAAUGGCUGUUGCCACAAGAGGUAUUGAACGGGAGAUUGCAUCUCUUCAAUUGGAGGAGAAGAAAUUGGUGGCAGAGAUUAAGAAAACCGCUAAAACUGGAAAUGAGGCUGCAACCAGAAUCUUAGCUCGUCAACUUGUCCGGCUGCGUCAACAAAUAACUAAUUUGCAAGGGAGUCGUGCACAAAUCAGAGGUGUAGCAACUCAUACGCAGGCAUUGUAUGCUAGCACGUCAAUUUCUACUGGAAUGAAGGGUGCAACUAAAGCAAUGGUGGCAAUGAACAAGCAAAUGGCACCAGCAAAACAAGCUAAGGUGAUUAAAGAGUUUCAGAAGCAGUCAGCACAGAUGGACAUGACUAUAGAGAUGAUGUCAGAGUCUAUUGAUGAAACUUUAGACAAAGAUGAGGCUGAAGAGGAAACAGAGGAGCUCACUAACCAGGUGCUUGAUGAGAUUGGUGUGGAUAUUGCAUCCCAGUUAUCCUCAGCCCCAAAAGGCCGAAUUGCAUCAAGGAACACUGAAAAUGUUGUUACUCGUUCUGAACCUCCUGAUGUUGAGGAUCUCGAGAAAAGAUUGGCCUCACUUCGACGCAUCUGAUCUGGAAAGUGAAGUGGUGGGUCUUACUUAUAUAGUACCUUAGUGUAAAUUUAAUAUAUGCACAAAUUGAAUCAAGCAUGUGACAAGUAAUAUU